AUGGUACAAUAAACUUUGGAACCGUACAAUUCAUGGUUAGUCGGUGCAGGAAAAAUUUGAGACCUCUGGUUAAGCAGUACAAAAGUACUUCCCAACGUUGGUGAAGUUAGCCCAUCAGUCUCAAUCUAUGACGUACGUAAAACCCAAACAACAUCAAAUAAUGUUAACCUUAAUACCAACACGACAAUUCAAACACACUCGUACCAAUAUUUAUGAUAUAUUUUAUGGCCUAAAACAUAAACAUUGUUGAAAUACACUUGAGGUUCGGUGGACGACGAGGGAAUCAAUUGGCGAGAAAAGGAAAGGGAAAUUAAUAAAGUUAUGACUGGCUAUAAUAAAGAAUGCAUUAAGCUGAGUGCAUUUCCAAAAGUUGUAUAAAAUGCGAUGAUGCAAAAUGUAUACAAUAAAUGUAAAGACUAUCUCCAGAGGAACGGGGAAUUACAGUUUUUAAGCAACAGAUAAAACGUUAUUUUCAAAGACUACUUUCAAAGAUUUUCAAGACUAUAUAAGAUUUCAAAAUUGAGAUAAUUGUUGACGAUGGAUUCUGAAGAAAGUAUUCUAAGACCAGACACUAAUGAGUACGAUUAUGAAGACACUAACAAUGUGGAGGAUGAUUUUGAGGGAGGGCGAGAUGAUUUGGGCAGAGCAAGGAAUCAUUUGGAUGAGGUAGAAGAUGAUAUCGAGAAAGUUGAAGACAGUAAGGGGCAAACUACAGAUCAGCAUUGUCCACCGCUAACAAGACGUUCUUCCGACAUUAGGGAACCGAGACGACGGUCCACCGAUAAGAAGAAACCAAAACGAAUCUCCUCUGAUUUAAAGGAAGAAAGACGAUUCUCUUUUAGCCAAGAAUAUGGAAAACCAGUUCUAAGCACCACAGAUACUAAAGUAGGUACGAAGGUAGAGAUUUCGUGUCCCCACCGGCGCAAACUUCUCGGCCCUAGUACCAUAGAGUGCAUACACGACGGAGAUCACGUGAGAUGGGAUGCCCCGAUACCGAGAUGUAGACUUCAGACAAUGGAGAGGGAAUGGGAAUCAACGAGUCCAGCAGCCCCACGUGGAGGAAAGGUCGGGGGUUUAUCCAGUACCAUAACACUCGUUAUCCCUUUGUCUCUCGCCGCUGUAGCCCUAGUGGCCCUUGUGACAGUUAUUGGCAUAUUUAUGUGGAUUAGUAAAAGAAAAAUCACCAAAGACAGACAACAACGACAAGCAGAGUUCAAUGAACAAGGAAUGAAUGAACAAAAUCAAGAUACGCUAAAAGAGAUAAUCACGAAACAUGAAAAGCGGGCAAUUCAAAACACAUAUCAACCGGGUCUUCCACUAAAACUAUGCUCCUGUCGUGGCUCUAAAAAUCAGACUGCUGGUAGAUCAAAUCCUGCAUUCUACCCACAUAGUAAACCCCAGAGAUUUAGUGGACUACAUAUAAAUAGUGACACUCUGGAUCAUGGCACUGAUCCAAUGAGUGGAUUUAUAAAUGAUCAUCGGCAGUUGCCCAUAAGUGUGAUAUCACAUGAAAAAAUUGGGAAAGUCUAUGGUUCAAACAAGCGAUAGAGGCUCUUGGAUGAUAAUCCUUGUAGCAACCAGCCUUAAUUGUGUUUGUACGUAGACAGUAACGUCGAUCUCAAAUGAAUACCUCAGUUUAGGCUCGGGCUGGACCCGAAGGUGAUUUUGCAUUAGUCUCCAAUGUAAUAGUCUCUUCUUUCAAUCCAUUACAAGGAAUUAUUUAAACAUCAUGGGGGAAUAUUGAUAUGGUAUACAUCACAAUUACUAUUAUAAAUGUAUUAUUUAUUACUUACAUUUCAUACAUAAAGUUAAAAUAAAAAUAUACUUUCAUAC